AUGCCUCAGCUCUUUGAGCCUAAAGCUGGUCAAGAGUCGAGAUUCGAGUUUGACAAUACUCCAACAUAUCUCUUCCGUCUUCAUGUUCCGAAGUCCGUCGGCUCCACAGAUGCUACCCAUGUUGAUUCACCAGCUUACCCCGAUGAUAUGAACAAGACACAUGAACGAGGAUCUGCCUGCGGCCAAGACCUUCUACAGCUCCCGCCUGCAGAGGCUGCGACUCGACUGAAUGCCCAUCUCAGAUGGAAGUGCCAAAAGCUUGAGGAUAGCCCGUGCAAUCUUAUGUCUUGGUCAAGCUCUUUGCUUUUCCUCCUUCACUACGGCUUCCACCGACAGACGACGGAGCGCGGUCCAAAACCAAAGCUAUCAGAGAUCAGUCUCAUCAUGAUUGACACUCGAGACUUCCCGAAGCAGACUUUUCUUCGGGACUUGGAUGCUCUAGAUUAUUAUCACGGCUACAAUGAGGAUCUGGAAGUGGUUAAAAAGCGGUGGCGAGAGAAAAGGUAUUACUUUGGAGAAUACCUGACUCAAGGGCAUCUCGCUAUUAUCGGAAGAUGCGUCCAAAUGACAAUGCAACAGCUCGUUGAUGGGGGGCUUCUUACGGUGAUAUGUCCUGCAUUGAACAAGCCCAGUAAUAACUGGGCAGACUGGGCAAUACCAGUUUGCGAACUUCGCGUCGGGAUCAGGGAAAGCCAUGUCGUGGAUCAAAAGCAAAUUCGAUCUGCGAUCUUCAUGGCCCGGGGCUGUGUGGGCCAUCGAUUUCUUGUACCAUUUGCACUCAUGCUACUGGGACUACGAAGCCGACAGUCAGACAACGCCGCAAUUGCGAAUGCCUUCCACUCCCUCUUCACUGAUGAGGAGCUCGAUUUUCGGCAUGUCACGUAUGAUCAAUCCUCUUACAGGAUGGAGGAACUAAGAAGAUUCCAGCAGUUGAUGGAAGCCGUUGGAAAGCAACAUGAUGAUGAUGAUGAUGAUGCUUCAGUUACCGAAACGGCAAGGUUGAUAGAGGGGCUAGGGCUAUCUACUAACGAAACUUCAGGUAAACCCGCAGGAACUAGUAUUUACGUUGGCCCAUUUGCCGACGAGUAG